AUGCCUUCCGUCUCCAGCAUCGCAUACUACCUCGUCCACCCCAACGAGCUGCGCUCCAUCAUCCAGUGGAAGACGUGGCACAACCCCGUCCACGAGCGCGAUGAGAGCAAAGAGUCGGCCGAUCUGAAAGAAUGCUUCCGCUUCCUCCAACUCACCUCGCGCUCCUUCUCUGCCGUCAUUCAGGAGCUGCACCCUGAGCUGCUAGUGCCGGUAUGCCUGUUCUACCUCAUCCUGCGCGGCCUGGACACCGUCGAGGAUGACAUGAGCAUCCCGCUGCACAUCAAGGAGCCCAUGCUCCGCGACUUCCACAACCAUAUCGAGGACGAGAGCUGGACUUUCGACGGCAAUGGCCCAGACGAGAAGGACAGGGAGCUGUUGGUACACUUCGACGUGGUGGCCAAGGAGUUCAACAAGAUCAAGGCAGAGUACAGGAAGAUCAUCAAGGACAUCACCACGAGCAUGGGCAACGGCAUGGCAGACUACGCGAAGAAUGCAGACCACAACGCCAACGGAGUCCAGACGAUCAAGGACUACGAGCUGUACUGCCAUUACGUUGCAGGUCUCGUCGGUGAAGGUCUUACACGGCUGUUUGUUGAGGCGAAAUUGGCAAACCCAGCACUUCUACAACGCCCUGAGCUCAUGGAGUCCAUGGGCCAGUUUUUGCAGCAGACCAACAUCAUCCGAGAUAUCAGAGAAGACCACGAGGACAAGCGAUACUUCUGGCCCAAAGAGGUGUGGUCUAAGUAUGUUACCAAGUUCAGCGAUCUAUUUCUGCCAGAGAACAGGGAGAAGGCACUUCAAUGCAGCAGCGAGAUGGUCCUUAUCGCCCUCAACCGUGCUGAUGAGUGUCUCUUCUACAUGGCCGGCGUGAAGGAACAGUCAGUCUUCAACUUCGUUGCGAUACCCCAGUCCAUGGCGAUUGCGACACUGGAACUCUGCUUCCAGAACGAAGCCAUCUUCGACCGCAACAUCAAGAUCACAAAGGGUUCGGCAUGCCAGCUCAUGACCGAGUCCACACAGAACUUGCAGCUCGUCUGCGAGGUAUUCAGACGAUUCGCCAGAAAGAUCCACAGAAAAAACAAGCCGAGCGACCCUCACUUCCUUGACAUCAGCGUGGCUUGUGGCAAGAUUGAGCGAUUUAUCGAGAGCAUCUUCCCGACACAAACGCCGCGAACACUUCCACCAGGCGCGGACCAGACUGUAGCCGUUGACUCGGAGGCGGAGGCACAGAGGAAGGCAGAAGAGGCAGAGGCAAAGAGUGAUGUGUGGUAUCUCAUGAUUGCCAUUUUCUGUACAUUGGGUGUCAUCACGUUUUUGAUGAUUGGUGCCGCGUGGUUCUUCGGUGCUCGCUUUGACCUGGCAUUCGCCGAGCUGCGAAAAGGCAACCUCAGCCCGCCCAAAGGAAAGGGCAUCAUCUCAUCGACCAUUGCAGCGGCACCCAGCGCCUACGAAGGUCACAACGAAUUGUAA